AUGACAGAUAACAGUGCAACACUACCACCAUUUGAAUUUCCAAAGAUAUAUUCUUUCCCACCUUUAUAUACUGAACAACCAAAUACUACAAUUCAAUCACAACAAUUGGAUUCAUGGACUUCUAUAAUCUUACAAUUUUGUCAAUAUUAUAAAAUCACCACUUUAACUUUAGAUCUAACACCCAAGCACUCACAAUAUGAACAAAUUACCAUUUCUGAGCUUCCUAAUCUAUUUAAUAAUAAAUCAAUAAAUCGACUGGUUAGUCCUGAAUUCCAAAAGAAAAUAAUCAAUCAUUUAAUUCAUUUAAAAAAAGCAAUCUUUAUCAAUCCCAAAAAACCUCAAUUCGGUAUAUUUAUCUUAUGGAAGUCAUUAGUUGAAUGGGGGAAUGAAUUAUAUAAUUAUAUAGAUGAGCUGGGUCAAAAGGGUACAGUAAUGACUAUUUAUGAAUUAACAAAGAAUGAUGAAGGUGUUACAUCUAUACCAGAUGGAUUAAUUAAUUUAGACGAAGCAUUUUUGAUUAGAAUUGUUAAAGAUUAUUUAAUUAAACAAGGUAAAGCGCAAUUAUUACUUGAUGAAAAUAAUGAAAUUGGUGGGGUCAAAAUUGUAUGA